AUGAGAUUUUGGUUUGGUAAAAAGAAAAACAGUUCCGAAUGCAUCGACAAUAAAAAAAAGAACAAUGACGAAAUAUACAAAGCCAUCUUGAAAAAUAGAGAGGCGAUAGAUGCUCUCGAAAAGAAGCAGGUGCAGGUGGAGAAGAAAAUUAAGCAACUCGAAAUAGAGGCGAAACAAAAAGUGGAGCAAAACCAAAUGAGCAAUGCCAAAAUUUUAUUAAAGAGGAAAAAAUUGUACGAACAGGAAAUAGAGAACAUUCUGAAUAAUCGCCUGACCCUGGAAGACAACAUGAUCAACCUGGAGAACAUGCAUUUGCACAAAAUCGCCGUUAACGCCUUGUCUUAUGCAGCCAACACGCACAAAAAGCUGAACAACGAAAUAAAUACGCAGAAGGUGGAGAAAAUUAUCGACACGAUUCAAGAAAAUAAGGACAUCCAGGAGGAGAUAAACCAGGCCCUCACCUUCAACCUGCUAAAUAAUGUGGACGAUGACGAAAUUGACAAGGAGCUGGACCUACUGAAGGAACAAACCAUGGAGGAAAAACUUAUAUUUUUUUUGAUUGUUCAAAUUUAG